GAUGUUUCAGAGAUGCUGGCCCUUUAAGAAACUCUCUGUCGCCUUGGUUACCGUGCCAAUCGGGAAGUAACACCAAACAUCUUUAGGAUGUGAACAGAGGUGGCUGGAGUCUGUGCUUUUUCCUCUCACUGCCCAGAUCUGACCUUCAACUCUGACCUUUGACCUCUGCACCGGAGGAAGAGAUGAAUGAGGUCAGCAGCAGGCAGCCGGUCGCCUGCGCAGCCAAACCUCCAGUCUACCUGCAGAUCGGAGAGUCCAAAGCGGAACCGGUUCAGUCCGGGGUGUGUGUGGUCGACGUCCCGCUGCCCUGUGGGAAACCAGUCAGUGUUGAGGAGAUCACCUUUCAGAACCACUACACCGCCUACGUCACUGUGCGUUUGCUGAGGAGGCCUUCUGGUCAGGACGGGCCGACCAAGUGGGUCACUGCGCUCAGAGACCUGCCGCUGAUGGACAACCCGCACACAGAGAGGGGCUCCCAGGAUUACCACUGCAUCCACAGGACGCAGAUGCUGGUGGAGGCAGACCACGUGGUUUCGGUCAGGCUGAUCCUGAGGCAGCCGUCGUCCGCCUGGCUGACCUUCAGCUUGGAGGAGAUCAAAAUAUUCCCCCACAUGGAGCCGGAGCCCCAGAAGGAGGUUUCUGAUUGGCUGUCUGACCUGAUUCUGGUCGACCAGCUUCCUGACGUGGAGGGCCUCCCGGACCCGCACACCGUUUCCUCCAGCCUCCAGCAGAUGUGGGCUCUGACCGAGGUCAUGCAGACCAACCAGACCACGGCCUCCAUCGGACGCUUCGAUGUGGACGGAUGUUACGACAUCAACCUGCUGUCGCUGACGUAACGCGGCUUCAGAGCGACACGCACUUCCUGUGUGGAGACAGAGGACCAGGAAGCCGCCUGCCGGAUUAUCACUUUGUCUUCAGAUAUGAUCAUAUCACAGCACGAAACAUGUAAUUCAGCCUCAACGUGAGAACAAACGUUUAGCAGAGUAACUCCUCAGACUUCAGUCCGGAUCCUGGUCCUGAUCCACUUCUGCUUUUAUUUUCUCUCAUUUUUUCUCUUAAAUAUAAAUUGUUUUGUUUUG